AACCGCAACAGACGCGUGGUGCGUCUCCUCGCCCUGCUUUUUCCACUCUUGCAGCAGGCUGCAGCAGCGCGCUCUCCGGCGGUCUCGGGCUCUCCGCCGAACCCCAACCAGCUCACGCCGCCCUCUCGCGGUUGCAUCACACCAGUAGGCUGAUUGAGACAUCCAACCUUCGCAAGAGAACAAAGCGAUGGACUCCACGGAUCUGUUUGACAAGGGCCCUCUGCUGGACGCAGGCAACUCCUCGCAGGAGAAUACCUCAGAAUAUACAGGGGAUGGAUCUGUUUGCAUCAGUGGGCAUCCUGCUUCCAGAAAACUUACAGGGAAGUGGAAGGCCUCCUCCUUAACAAUAGUUUGUUCAUUCUGCUGUUUUCUGGCAUACUCUUCGAUCGCGAAAAACCUAGUCAGUUAUCUCACAAAAGUCCUACAUGAAACAAAUGUGGCUGCUGCAAGAAAUGUUGCAACUUGGCAAGGUACUAGCUACCUCACACCUCUGAUUGGAGCCUUCGUUGCUGAUUCAUAUCUGGGGAAGUACCAGACAGCUUUGAUCUCCUGCACGAUUUUCAUUGCUGGAAUGAUGAUGUUGCUUUUGUCAGUAGCACUUCCAUUAAUCUCAACUGGUCCUCACACUUGGACUGUUUGGUCAGAUCCAGUCUCUUCUCAGUACAUAUUCUUCACUUGGACUGUUUGGUCAGGAAUGGUGUCAGCAGCAUUGGUGGAGAGUAAUCGCUUACAGAUUGCACAGGCCGAAGGUUUGGUGCACCACAAAGUGGCUGUUCCGAUGAGCAUCCUGUGGCAAGGACCCCAGUACUUCCUGCAAGGAGUCGCCGAGGUGUUCUCCAACAUUGGGUUAACAGAAUUUUUCUAUGAUGAAUCUCCAGAUGCCAUGAGAAGCUUAUGUAUGGCAUUCUCACUUGCUAACGUCUCGGCUGGAAGUUACCUGAGUUCAUUUAUCCUUUCUCUCGUGCCGGUAUUCACAGCAAGAGGAGGCAGCCCAGGGUGGAUACCUGACAACUUGAAUGAAGGGCAUUUGGAUCGGUUCUACCUGAUGAUGGCUGGUCUGAGUUUAUUGAAUAUUUUAGUCUUUGCAUUCUUUGCUACGAGGUACAAAUGUAAGAAGGCUUCCUGAAACUCAUUGCCCUUGGCAUGUAAGGGAAACAAUAACCUUGAAGUAUUUUUGCUGGAAAUGCUCAUUGUAAGAGAAACAGUGUUGUAUGUGUUAUUGAAAAACAAAUUGUGCUGUCCUAGAUUGUACAAUAUGUUUAUAUUGUAAAACGAUAUAAAUACCUGAA